CACGAUGUCGCGGCCCCAGGGUGUCCUUUCUUUCCGCUCCAGAGUUCCGAUCUUCGACGAAUCCAUUCGCUGUCCGACGUCUUCGUGUGGUCGAGAGGCGAUCCAUCCAUGGCGCUCGCUCUGCGCUCCCCGUGCGUCUCAGCUUCCGUCCUCUCUUCUCCGCUCGACGACCUCUACUCCUCCGCCGCCGCCAGAAGGAAUCGCGAACUAGGGCAUGGAUCGAGCUCCUUCGCGCCCUCCUCAAGGCUGGUGUUCUCAGUCCCCUCUUCCAUCGCUCCUCCUUCGCGAAGAAGGGCAAGUUGGAGAUGCGAGUGGAGGUACGACCACAUCCCCAAACAGUUUCGGGAGGAAAAUCUCAAAGACGGAUUAAUGGACAAUUAUAAAAAUGCUCCUAGAUACCUGUAUGGCCUUAGUGCUUCGCAGAUGGACAUGUUCAUGACUGAAGACAACCCUGUUAGGAGGCAAGCAGAAAAAGUUACUGAGGAAAGCGUUUCAUCUGCCAGAAAUUACCUUGACAAUGGAGGAAUGUAUAGCCUAACAGGCAUGAAAGAGGGUGCAUCAAAGUACAGUAUGAGUGUAAGUAUGUAUCGUGGAGGGGCCCGAGGAUAUGGAAGGCCAAGAACUGCCCCUCCGGAUUUACCAUCUUUGCUAUUAGAUGCUCGAAUUGUGUACCUUGGAAUGCCUAUAGUUCCAGCAGUGACUGAGCUUCUUGUUGCUCAGUUUAUGUGGUUGGAUUAUGAUAGUCCCUCUAAACCUAUAUACCUAUACAUAAACUCACCUGGGACACAGAAUGAGAAGAUGGAGAAUGUUGGAUCUGAAACAGAGGCAUAUGCCAUUGCUGAUACUAUAGGUUAUUGCAAAUCCAAAGUUUAUACAGUGAAUUGUGGCAUGGCAUAUGGUCAGGCAGCAAUGCUCUUAUCUCUGGGUGCCAAGGGCUACCGUGCUCUGCAGCCAAAUGCCUCCACUAAACUGUAUCUGCCUAAGGUCAACAAAUCUAGUGGAGCUGUCAUUGAUAUGUGGAUCAAGGCAAAAGAACUUGAUGCAAACACCGACUACUAUAUUGAAUUGUUAGCUAAAGGGAUUGGUAAGCCCAAGGAAGAGAUUGCAAAAGAUAUUCAGCGUCCAAAGUAUUUCCAAGCACAAGAAGCCAUUGCCUAUGGAAUUGCAGAUAAGAUUAUAGAUUCACGUGAUGCUGCAUUUGAGAAACGGAACUAUGAUGAGAUGCUGGCACAAUCAAAAGCCAUGCGAAGGGGAGCUGGUCCGCAAGCUGCUCCGUCUGGGUUUAGAUAGAUUUAGAGGCACAAACCAUAUAAAGCAAUGUAGAAUGAUGUGAAGAGCUAUCAUCAGAUGAGCAUACAAUGCAGCCCUUGCGGUGUCUCUUUCAUGCCAUAACAUGUAUAUGAUGUCCCCACCAACAGGAAGAACUAGUUCUCUUUUGAAGGAUAAUGUGUAAUGGUAAAUGGGAGUACUUAGAAAUGUCGCGAAAAUUGUUCUUCCCAAUGAUCAAAACUCUACAACAGUGUUGAAUACUAAAGAUGUAUUAAUCAUGCAUCAUGCUGUCAUCAGCUAUAUUGCCGUGAAUGGAGAAGUAUGGUUGGCUAUUUUGGAAA